GAUGGGAAAACAAAGGCUGGAUGGCGUAGAGGAAAAGGCGUCUUCCUGGGGAGAGAAGCUGAGCGUGGACAGGACAUGGAGUACGAAGCAAAGAAAGGGAAGAAGGGAUUUGUGUCCCCCAUCAAGCGCCUGGUCUUCCCGAAAGCCUCCCGGAAGCAGCAGGCUCUGAAGGGCAACACGUGUCGCCGGCGGCCCCUGCACUCGGUGCCUUUGUACCCUCCCGACUAUCUCAUUGACCCCCAGAUUCUCCUGCAGGACUACGUGGAAAAGGAAGUGAAGUUUUUAGGCCACCUGACCUGGGUGAACACUUCCCUGAACCCCUCCAGCCGUGAUGAAUUGUUGCAGCUAUUGGAUACCGCGAGGCAACUCAAAGAGCUCCCUCUGAGGACCAACCCGGAGCAGGACAGCAUCCUGAGCCUCUCUGCCCGCUGCCUCCUCCUCACCUGGCGGGACAACGAAGAGCUCAUCUUGAGGAUCCCCACGCACGAGAUCGCCGCGGCGUCCUACCUGAGAGACGACGCGCUGCACCUGCUGGUGCUCAAGACCGGCCUGGGCGUUGACCCGGUUCCCGCAGGAGGCACCCUGGACCUGUACCCGGGCGUCCCGCAGCAGGACAAGAAGUGCCCGGCAGGCGCGGCGGAGAAGAGCUGGGAGAGGGGCAAGACCUGCGGCAGCUGGGAGCACCGGCACACGGGCGGCAGCCCCCUGCACCCCAAGGAGCCCAGCCCGGACGCCUACUGCAACCUCGUCAUCUUGGCCGUGGCCGACCGAGACACCGCCGAGGAGUCGUGCGCUCUGAUAUGUCAAGUUUUCCAGAUCAUUUACGGCGACCAAACCAUUGAGUGUGUGGAUCGGGCCGGCUAUCAUUACACCUCCACACCGAAGCGUCCUUGGCUCUCCAGCCGGAGUGAGAGCUGUCGGACCGAUGGGACCUAUGGCUACGAUGCUGAUUUCAGUUGCUGCAGCUCCUUCGAUGGCUCCCAUGAGACGUUUGAGGCGUACUGCAGUGGGGCUUCCUCCCCUUUGCUUCACCAGUCGCAUCACAGCCUGGCAACAGCCUGCAGCGGGAGUGACCAGAGCAGCACCAGCCUUGAGCAACUGCAGGACUACAUGAUGACGCUGAGAAGCAAGUUGACCCCACAGGAGAUCCAGGGGUUCGCCCUCCUGCUCCGGGAAUACAGGACCGGCUUGGCCGUGGAAAGAUACUGCGCGGGCCUCCUCCACCUCUACGGGGAGAAGCGGAAAUUUCUUCUCUUGGGUAUGCGGCCGUUCAUUCCUGACCAAGACAUCGGCUACUUUGAGAGCUUCCUGGAGAACAUUGGCAUCCGGGAGGGGGGCAUCCUGACUGACAGCUUUGGCCGCAUCAAGAGGAGCAUGAGCAGCACUUCCGCGUCGGCCGUGCGGAGCUACGACAGCUGGUCCUUGCACUCCGAGUCGGAGUCCUUCAAUCGCCGGAUCGCCCACAUCACCCACGACAUUGAAGCGCUGGCAGGGGACGAGGAAGAAGAGGAGGACGGCCGGGGGAGCGAUGAAGACAACUAUCUCUAAGGGGGGACUGAGGGGCCUGGAAGGAGGAGAGCCCCACUUUGAAUUGGGGUAUCCAUCUGCCCGGAAUGGAAGCAGACGGGAUACUGUGGGGAUGUGCGGUGCCUCGGAGAAGUAUUUUGUCCCUCAACCACCACAGGCUCAUUCAUGGAUUGACCACUGGUUCAGUUUCUAGGACAGUGUUUCUCAACCUUGGC